UCGGCUGUUUUCGUGGUGCCUGGCUUUGCAGGGGCUGCUCGCUCGCAGCCCGGGACGCCGCUUUUUUUCCGGGUUCGGGGACGUUCCGGAUGCUUUAGGUGCCGGAUGACUGGUCUCCGGAUACCUGAGGCGUUUCUGUACAUGGAUUAUCUGUGUUUCCGAGCACUGUGCUGCAAGGGACCGCCACCUGCACGGCCGGAGUAUGACCUGGUGUGCAUAGGGCUCUCGGGCUCCGGCAAGACCAGCCUGCUGUCCAAGCUCUGCAGUGAGAGCCCCGAGCACGUCGUGUCGACCACAGGCUUCAGCAUCAAAGCCGUGCCGUUCCAGAAUGCCGUCCUGAACGUCAAAGAGCUUGGAGGGGCCGACCAUAUCCGGAAGUACUGGAGCCGCUACUACCAAGGGUCUCAAGGGGUGAUCUUCGUGCUGGACAGCGCGUCCUCGGAGGGCGACCUGGAGGCGGCCCGGAGCGAGCUGCACUCGGCGCUGCAGCACCCGCAGCUCUGCACCCUGCCCUUCCUCAUCCUGGCCAACCACCAGGACAAGCCGGCCGCCCGCUCCGUGCAAGAGGUCAAAAAAUAUUUUGAACUCGAACCCCUGGCCCGUGGGAAACGCUGGAUUCUGCAGCCCUGCUCUCUGGACAACGUGGACGCCCUGAAAGACAGCUUCUGCCAGCUGAUCCACCUGUUGGAGGAGAAGGACCAGGACGCCGCGCGCAUGUGAACCCUGGCGCCGCGGGCGGGGCCCGCGGCCUCGUCCGCUUCCCGUUUCACUGUCGUUUGGGCGUCAGGACGCUACUGUCGGGGCUGCGGGGUCUCUCUCCCUCGGGCGGUCCCGGACUCGCGUCCCUGUCAGGGCGGGCACCCUGCGCGGUGGGGCUGUGCCGCGCACACGCCAAGCACACACUACUGAGAGGACCCACGCUCUGUUCGCCACUGUCUCCCACGCAUGUCUCUUCCUCCUGCUGUCGGGGCGCCUCUUCCGCGCGCAGAGACGCACGGAACUCGGGGCUCCCAGGAGCCCGCUCCCCGGCGACGGACUCGGGGAGACUCGGAGCCCUGGCCCGACCUCCCUGGGCUUAGGGCGGGGUGCUGUGUGACUGGGCCCCCCGAAUAUGUGCACCGUGUCCAGGGUCUCUUGGGGGGGGGUAUUUUAUUUGUAUCUUCUUGUAUUUUUUUCAUUUUUUUGUAUACUGGCCUUGCAGAUCGUGGGAGGAAAAGGAGCACCAGACACUGCAGUCACUUUCCUUAGCAGAAAGGAACGUUCCGCCAAACUGACUGGGAGGGCUUCAGGACGAGCUGCCUCCUGCCCCUUCACGACACCGAGUGUCCCCGGCCCCCUCGAGGGGCACAGGCGUUGGCCCAGCUUCGAGGGAGAGCUUGUGGGGGGGGGGGGCCGGGCCGAUGCGUCACCGCCGAUGACAAUUUCAUUGAGGCCGCCAGUAGUUUUUCAAGGGAAAGAUCAUCCUGUGUGAAGUCAUAGGUGUCAUUUUCUAGAAGUCCUGUGUCUGGUCAAAACAGGAAAAAUAAUUUUUACAGUAACAGAUAAAAUUUUUAAUAGCCGCCCAGUGAAGUCUGGUGCACACCGGCGAGGGUUUGGCCUUGACCCCGCAUGCACUUCAGGCACGCAGGCCCUGUGGCCGGUGGAGCCGGUCGGCGCCCCCGCCCGGCACCGCGGGGUCUGUGCGGGCUUCCCUGCCCAGCCUCUAUUUUCAGGGUUUCCACGUGCACGGCCGCACCAAGGAAAUAAUUUCAGGGCCCAGAUUCCAUCUUUGGAGCAAAAAAAAUUUUUUCAUUUAAUUUAAAUGGUAAAAUUACAUAGAAAUCAAUGUACAGUUUUACUGGAGUUUGGCUCCUUUGACCUUUUCUAAAUCAAGAAUAAUCUAUGGAUAUUGAAGUUUAUGGUUGAAAUACUCUUUGGGGCAUUUUGUAGAUUUUUUGACCGCUUAAAAUACUCAGUGGCCCAAUGACAGCAAACCGCCCCCUUCACCUGAGCAACAAACACCUGUCCGCGGUUCCUGGGGUCCGGGCCGCCCUCCCGUCCCACGGCCUCGCCCCGUGCCGCGGCGGGAGGCGGCAGUGCCCGGUCCCCUCCAGGAGACGUGCCCUUGCGCUCCCGCUUUUGGGGUUUCAUCUGGUGGGCGGAUUUUAACGAAAUCAUUACCUUUGAGACAUUAAACCCUGGUGUCAGCGUUUUUUUAAUUGAACGGGCCAAAAAGACUCCUAAGCUCUCUUGUCCACGGCCUCCUCGACUGCUCUCACUCCGUGUGGCCGGCCAGCGGCACGGAGCUCCUCCUCCGAAGACCAGUGUCCCGGUCCCCGCUUUGUUCUGCCCUGCGUGCUCCUCCCUGACAAAUAAACGAUUUCCAGGCGUC